UAUCUCUUCUUGCUCACUUCUUUCUAGGGUUCUUGCUGAUCACUUAUAGAUGGCUCAGCGACGAGCUGGCUCAUCCUCUCACCUCACUUACAGAUGGACUUAUGAUGUGUUCCUUAGCUUUCGAGGGGAGGAUACUCGCUUGAAUUUCGUUGGCCAUCUCUACGAUUCUCUGCAUCGAAGCGGAAUCCAUGCCUUUAUCGAUGAUGAAUCCCUGCAGGCUGGGGAAGAGAUCAGAGCAUCUCUUUUGAAAGCCAUACGAGAAUCCAGGAUAGCCAUCAUAGUUUUUUCUGAGAACUAUGCUUCAUCAACAUUUUGUUUGGAUGAACUUGCUGAGAUUGUAGAGUGCUUUAAAGGAGAAGGUCGGCUAGUGUAUCCAGUGUUCUAUUACGUGGAUCCUUCAGAGGUGAGACAUCAGAGAGGUAGCUAUGGAGAAUCAUUAGUUUAUCUGCAGAAAAGAUUGGAGAAGGAGGAGGAUAAGCUGCAAAAGUGGAGGUUGGCUUUGUCUCAAGUAGCUAACUUGUCCGGUUGGCAUCUCAAACCUAGGAUUGCAAAAGAACAAGAAUAUAUUAGAAGGAUCACUUGUGAAGUCUCUGCAAAAAUCAAUCGCAAACCGUUACAUGUUACCAAUUAUCCAGUUGGACUUGUGCCCCGGGUGCAGGAAGUAAUGUCACUUUUAGAUCUUUGGUCCAAUAAAGAAGUCAACAUGGUUGGAAUUUGUGGCAUUGGCGGAUUAGGCAAAUCAACUAUUGCAAGGGCUGUGUAUAACUCAAUUGCUGAUCAUUUUGAUGGUUUAUGUUUUCUUUCUAAUGUUAGAGAAACCUCGAACAAGUAUGGCUUGCCACAUCUUCAAGAGACACUAUUAUGCAAAUUAGUCAGUGAGAAAUAUCUUAAAUUGGGAGAUAUCUAUGAAGGAAUUUCAAUCAUAGAACAUAGGCUUUGUCAAAAGAAGAUCCUUUUAGUUAUUGAUGAUGUUGACAAAUUGGAGCAACUACAAGUUCUAGCUGGAAGUUGUGAUUGGUUUGGUUUUGGAAGUAGAAUCAUAAUUACGACUAGAAAUAAGCAUUUGUUGGUAUGUCAUGGAGUUGAAAGAAUUUAUGAAGUCAAAAAAUUAAAUAAUGAAGAAGCUCUUCAGCUGUUCAGUUGGAAUGCCUUGAAAAAGGAAAAUAUGGAUUCUAGUUACCUUGAUAUUUCAAGUCAUGCAAUACUUUAUUCACGUGGCCUUCCACUAGCCUUGGAAGUAAUUGGCUCUGCUUUAUGUGGAAAAAGGACUGAUGAAUGGAAAUAUGCAUUUGAUAAAUACCAAAAAAUACCAAAUAAACAAGUUUUUGAAGUCUUGAAAUUAAGCUUUGAUGCUUUAGAGGAUAGAGAGAAGGAGAUUUUCCUUGACUUGGCAUGCUUUUUCAAAGGUGAAAAGUUAGAUGUCAUAAAAACAUUGCUUAAUUUUCGAGGAGUUCAUCCAGAGUAUAUUAUUGGGGUACUUACGGAUAAAUCCCUUGUGAAGGUUGAAGAAAAUCGUGUGACAAUGCAUGACAUGAUAGAAGAUAUGGGCAAAGAAAUUGUUCGGCAAAAGUCACCAAAGGAGCCUGGAAAACGGGAUAGAUUAUGGUUCUAUGAUGACAUUCUUCAUGUUUUACAAGAAAAUACAGGAUCUGAUGAGAUUGAAACUAUAAUGUUGGACUUACCUGAAGAUAAAGAAGUUCAAUGGAAUGGAGAGGCAUUUAAGCACAUGAAAAACCUCAAAAUGCUUGUGAUUAAAAAUGCAAACUUUUCUAGAAGUCCUGAAUACCUCCCAAACACUUUAAGUGUAUUGGAAUGGAAGGGGUAUCCUUCUAAAUUUUUGCCAUCUAAUUUCCAUCCAACAAAGCUCAUCCAUCUUGACCUAUCCAAUAGUUCUAUUGAAUUACUCCAACCGCUUCAUAGGGUAUGUGUAUGAUGUAUUAGAAUGAGCUUUCUUUCUUUCUUUUUUUUGAUUUCAUUUUGAUUUUAAGAAUAAAUUUUUCUUUAUUUUGCAGAAGUUCGAGAGCCUAACUUGCAUGGAUUUUAGAAAUUGCAAGUUGUUAAGACAAAUACCAGAUUUGUCUGGAGUUUCCAAUUUGAUAGAAUUAUGGCUCGAUAAUUGUACAAACUUAAUUGAAAUUCAUGAUUCAGUUGGAUUUUUGGAUAAGCUUAGAGAAUUUAGUGCCAUGCGAUGCAAAAACUUGAGGAUCUUACCAGUUGGUAUUAAGUUGACAUCUCUUGAACAUCUCAA